GCCCGGGCUCUGGCGGGCUUUCGACCGGAGGGGACGGAGGUGAAGAGCGGCGAGCGCACCACCGGGGGCCCUGGGCUUCACCGAUCUGGAUUGGCACGCGGCACCAUGCCUUCUUGGAUCCCGGCUGUGAUUCUCCUUCCCCUCUCGGGGUGGCUGCUGUCCCUCCCGGUCGCGGCGGACGUGAAGGCUCGGAGCUGCGGAGAGGUCCGCCAGGCUUAUGGUGCCAAGGGGUUCAGCCUGGCGGACAUCCCCUACCAGGAGAUCGCAGGGGAGCAUUUGCGGAUCUGCCCUCAGGAAUACACGUGCUGCACCACGGACAUGGAAGACAAGUUGAGCCAGCAGAGCAAACUGGAGUUUGAAAACCUUGUGGAGGAGACGAGCCAUUUCGUGCGCACCACGUUUGUGUCCAGGCACAAGAAAUUUGAUGAGUUUUUCCGAGAGCUGCUGGAGAAUGCAGAGAAGUCCCUAAAUGACAUGUUUGUCAGGACCUACGGUAUGCUGUACAUGCAGAAUUCCGAGGUGUUCCAGGACCUCUUCACAGAACUGAAGAGGUACUACACCGGGGGCAACGUAAACCUGGAGGAGAUGCUGAACGACUUCUGGGCGAGGCUCCUGGAACGCAUGUUCCAGCUCAUCAACCCUCAGUACCACUUCAGUGAGGACUACCUGGAGUGCGUGAGCAAGUACGCGGACCAGCUGAAGCCCUUCGGAGAUGUGCCCCGCAAGCUGAAGAUUCAGGUCACCCGGGCCUUCAUUGCUGCCCGGACCUUCGUCCAGGGGCUGACUGUGGGCAGAGAAGUGGCCAAUCGAGUUUCCAAGGUCAGCCCCACCCCUGGGUGCAUCCGGGCUCUCAUGAAGAUGCUGUACUGUCCGUAUUGCCGAGGCCUGCCUGCCGUGAGGCCCUGCAACAACUACUGUCUCAACGUCAUGAAGGGCUGUCUGGCCAACCAAGCCGACCUGGACACCGAGUGGAACCUCUUUAUAGAUGCAAUGCUCUUGGUGGCAGAGCGACUGGAAGGGCCAUUCAAUAUUGAGUCUGUCAUGGACCCCAUUGACGUCAAGAUUUCUGAAGCCAUUAUGAACAUGCAAGAAAACAGCAUGCAGGUGUCUGCAAAGGUCUUUCAAGGAUGUGGCCAGCCCAAACCUGCCCCAGCCCUCAGAUCUGCUCGCUCAGCUCCUGAAAAUUUCAACACCCGCUUUAGACCCUACAAUCCUGAGGAAAGACCUACAACUGCUGCGGGCACGAGCCUGGACCGGCUGAGGACUGUGUGGAGGACCAUGCAGCAUAGUGUCACAGACAUAAAAGAGAAACUGAAGCUCUCUAAAAAGGUCUGGUCGGCGUUGCCUUACACCAUCUGCAAGGACGACAGAGUGACAGCGGGCACGUCCAACGAGGAGGAGUGCUGGAACGGGCACAGCAAAGCCAGAUACUUGCCUGAGAUCAUGAACGAUGGGCUGACCAACCAGAUCAACAAUCCUGAGGUGGAAGUGGACAUCACCCGGCCCGACACCUUCAUCAGGCAGCAGAUCAUGGCCCUCAGGGUGAUGACCAACAAGCUGAAGAACGCAUACAACGGCAAUGAUGUCAACUUCCAGGACACAAGUGAUGAAUCCAGCGGCUCAGGAAGUGGCAGCGGGUGCAUGGAUGACGUGUGUCCCACCGAGUUUGAGUUUGUCACCACCGAGGCCCCAGCCGUGGACCCCGACAGGAGAGAAGAGGACUCUUCUGCAGCCCCGCUGGGUCAUGGCCUACUGUCCUGGUCCCUGGUCUUCGUGGUUCUGGCAUUGCAGAGGCUGUGCAGAUAAUCCUGGGCUUUGGUCCGAUGAAACUGCAUUUUAGCUAUUCGAGUGGCCAACUCCCUUCUUUUCUUACACACUUGGACAAUGGACCAUGCCACAAAAACUUAACCGUUUUCUAUGAGAAGAGAGCAGUGUCGCGUUCUGCCUCCCUUUUUGUUUUCCCAAAGAGCACCGGGUGCCGGAUGAACUGCCUCCUCUUUCCCUCAGCUAUCUGUGGGGACCUUGUUUAUUCCAGAGAGAAUUCUUACUCAAAUCUUUCGUACCAGGAGAUUUUUCUUACCUUCAUUUGCUUUGAUGCUGCAGAAGUAAAGGAAUCUCACAUUGUGAGGGUCCCCGCCCCAUUUAAAACAAAUAAAUAAAAGGUAGGAAGAAAAUAAUUUUCUUUUUCAAAUCAGCCCAAACCCCAAGACAACUGCAUUUUCAAAGGAGCGACCAGAGAGGAAAGAAAAGGAACUUUCAUGCUGCAAGUAAAGGAGUGACAGUCAACUCCCCAGAUAAGCUUUUCUAAGACAAACCAGGUUUACAAAAUGCUUAUGGGGGGAAAGCUUGAGAACAAGACGUUUUAAUAUAGUGAAAAUACACUGUUGUCUUGGAGGUAUUGUCUUGCACUCCAUCCACACAAUACCAAAUUGAUUUGGAGGUACUGAUAUUAAAUUUGUAAUCUUUAUUAGGAGCGCAAACUUAUUACAACUCAGCACCUCUUCCAUCUUCCCAAUUUCCAGUUCAGUCAUGGUGGCUUCUUUCUUAUUUCCCUCCAUGUCUGACCAUUGUAUCUAAUUGGCAAAGAUUUUUCUUCAGUACCUCAUAGAUGCUCUCCCCACCCCGACCCCCACCAUACCGGGUCUUCCUUCUCCUAGGUCUCAGUUGAAAAUCACCUUCAAUGAAACAAUCUCUCCUUUUGCCUUGAGUUUGCCAUGAAUUAGAUGUUUCUGACCCUAUGUCCAUAACCCCUUCCCCAAAGAAGAGUUCUUUUGCUGAAGUGACAAUUCGUUCCAUACAUGAGUUCUCAUUUUAACUCUGCUUUGCACCAGUUGGCUCCAGCAUCACAAGGGCAUUCUCUUACAAAAUAACUUACAACUACAAAUAAGUCAAGACAAAAAAAAAAAAAAAGCUAUAUGUAUAGUAUUGACAUGGAGAUUUUCUUUCACUUUUUUAGUCUUAGUAUGACCAUCUAUUUUUAUAUCUAUAUCUAUAUCUAUAUAUAUAUAUAUAAAAAUCACAGAUUUUAACUUCUUAAUUCCAAGCUCAGGGUUGACACGCCUUUGUAAGAAAAAUGUUUUGUCAACCAACUCUUCUUGUUUUCUGAUGCUCAGAGAAGGGAUUCCUCAGCGACCUGUGAGCACUAAGAAGCAAGAAAGAGAACUUUUUACGUAUCUAACUGUCCAUCUAUUCAGAGUUUGCUGGGGCUACAUGCCUUUUCACGCAAGCUCACUUGGUUCCUGGUGCUCCAGACCGUCCUGAGCUCGUGGGAUGAGCCCUGCAUGUGUGUAAGGCGUUAUUGGUGAUGGAAACUGUGUGUAUCAAGCACGGCAUUCAUGAAAACCAUUGCUUUCAUGUAUAACACCUUCGGCCUAGGACUCUGGUUUGGCACUUGGAUAAAGGAGCUAACACCUCAAGACACCAGUUUAAAUUCACAGCCUCUUGUCUCUGCCAAGCUAGGCCCAAUGAUCACCCUGGCAAAAUGAGCCAAACUAGGGCUUUAUGAACACAGUUGGCUGUCUAUGUGUUUCUUGGUUUUUAUGAUGCAUCUGGAGUAAGGAAAUGUACUAUUUCAAGACACCAUAAUAUGCCAGUCACAUUUUAACUAACUCAUUGACAGUAUUGACAUAUAAAUGGUAUUUUUCUUUUGAAUCUCUGUUCUCAUCAAAAUUAAAAUUAGUUAUUGAUGUAGCCAUCACAUUUAAGUAGAAACAUGCGGCACAAUAGUAUUAAGUAUAUUUGAGCACUUUUGCAAAACGGAACGUAGUUAAAAGCAUGAUUGCCACAUUAUGCCUGACGAAAUAUGAAGUGUAGGAUUCUGAGAGACUCGGGGCAUCUUUCAUUCAAAUCUCUGUGACAUGAACACUUACUGUCCUUCAGCCUUGUGACUUUGGAAACCAUCCACAUCACUGCCAGCCUUUGGCUUCAGAACAACACACACAUGACGUGUCUCUGUGAAGGACCAGUCAGUCAUCUGUGUCACUUGUUUCAUGGUACAGUCAGAAACCAGUAUUGUUGUUUUUUUUUCUUCAAUAAUUAAGGUGCAAUACAAAUUAAAUCCACCUGGAUUUUCCAGAAUAUUUGAGUAACAACUUGUUUUUAUGGCUUUAAACUCCCAAUCUUUUGUUUUGUUUUUCAAAUAUUGCUGCAUUUUCCUCUAAGAAAUACAUCAGGAGACCUUGUUUUUCCUAUACUUUGACCCCACAAGAUGGUUUUGUGCAUGUGUAUGAAAACACAUUAUAUUAAUGAAUGUUAACCCAUGUUCUGUACACACUACCCACACAGAUAAUAUAUAAACGCCUGCUUCAUUUGUUUCGUAUUGAUAUUAUUCCUACUGAUGAGAUAAAGUGAUGCAUAUGAGCUGGGCAGAGAGCUGAAAUGAUGAUCAGUUAAUGACGCCACAUCAGUCACCCUGCAUGGAUGUGGUCAAAAUAGCACUCACCUGCACUUACUAUUCACCCUCUCCCUACUAUGAUAUGAUUUUCAGUAAGAUUUUUUUUGUUCUGUCCCUCGGGCAUUGCAUUGAGUUGUCCCUUCUCAGUACUUUGGAGUCCUCUUCCCAAGCUGAUUUCCUUGUUUCAAUAUAGAGAUAGGAGAUGCAGUGAUGUUCCAUGAUCUAUUAUCACCUGACCUCGUUUGUUGUGAUGUUCCCCAAAAUCCUUUCAUCACAUCACGACCUGUGUUAUGAGUAGAGAGUCGUGGGAUCCCUGGAAUUGGACACUCGAAAUUGGUGGGCAAUGCUCAUAACUGCAAACACUUAGCUUAUUGAAGUGCCUCUAUUUACAUGUUCUUUAGUUAUAAUAUGUAUUUUUCUAACAGAAAUACACGUCUGUAAUUGAUGUAUAUUAUCUUCGUAUGUGUUGCAACAAAGGCUGAACAGAAGCUAAUGUCUUCAGCAGAAAACAAUUGCAAAUUGGUGAAGGAGAGCUCCAUGGUUCUGCGUCGAAGGAUAGCCAUGAGACAGCCUUCUGCCAUCGAAAGGAAGGCCACAUUGGCAUUUUGAUCAUAGCCAUUGCAGACUGUAGCACUGCAGGUCUGACUCCCUUACCGUGAUUUACCAAGUAGGACCAGUGACUUGUGUCACCUGCUUUAAAUGUAAGGGAUAGAAAGUGCUAUUUUGUCUACACUGCAAAACCCUAUUAUUCAUUGACAAGCAGCAGUAAAUUCAAACAUAACAUUCUUUAAAUCAAACACAUUGAAAAUAUUACUGGAUGCAGAACCAUGAGAUUUAAUUUAUAUUCCCUGCUAUGGACAUUAGCCUUCUUUAAUUCUUUUGCCAUUACAUACAUGUUUUGGCUGCAGACUGAACACCAACUAAAGUCCCCAAGGAGGAAUAAACCUUAGCAAAUUCCUGGGUUGUGAUUCAUUUCUUACCUCUCUUUGCAAGGCUAAUUAUCAGGUGGUUUGGUUUGAUUUUAGGUGCCAGUGUUAGCAAAUGCACGUUUGGACUUAUCCAAAACUUGCAGAAAUUCAAGUUUAUUUUCUUUGACUUACAGUCACUAAUAGAUAUUUUAAUUUUCUUUUCCUUUAAAAAAAAAAGGUUAGCUUUGCCAUCAGAAGAGUAAAGGAGACCAUAACUUAUAAAUUUGCAAUGUGUUCCUCCUUGGUGGAGACAUUAGCCAGUGUUUAGUUUUAGGCCAAUUUAUACAAAUAGAGUUUUGAUUUGUACGCAUUCUGGAGACUUGCUCUGUCAUGGUUUUUACCACAGCCCGGUCUCAGCUAAGCACGGGAACACUGGGACUUCAUUCAGAGUGGAGUAGAUACUGGAAUUGUUGGCAUGGCUUUAUACUGAGGAGCUUCCAUGAGGAACACCCGGGAUGGCAUCACAGUGCAGUCUCUGUGCAUAUACGUGAUAUAUAUGCAGGAUAAAUGUGUGCGCCAAUCAAACUGAAAAUUUUAUGUGACUGUCAAAUGACUAUUAUUUGGGUUAAGAUUUUUCAUUUCUGAUUUGGAUAGAAAAAUUGCUAUUAAUCUUGUAUUAAAAUAGUUUUUAAAAAUC